UUUCCAUGGAAAUGCCAGAGUCCUCAGAAGCGCUUAUGGGACAUCUUCAAAUUGUGGGUCUGCACAUUGCUCUGCUGUGAAUUCAUGGCAUAUUAUGGAGCUGACUGCUGGACUUACCAUUAUUCCAACAAACCCAUGAACUGGGAAAGAGCUAGAAAGUUCUGUCAAGAAAAUUACACAGAUUUAGUUGCCAUACAAAACAAACGGGAAAUUGAGUACCUGGAGAAUACACUUCCCUUCAGACGCUCUUACUACUGGAUAGGAAUCCGGAAGAUAGGGAAGAUAUGGACUUGGGUGGGAACCAACAAGUCUCUCACUGAAGAAGCCAAGAACUGGGGAGCUGGGGAGCCCAACAACAAGAAAACCAAGGAGGACUGUGUGGAGAUUUAUAUCAAGAGGGAAAAAGACAGAGGAAAGUGGAAUGAUGACUCUUGCAACAAGCCCAAAACAGCACUCUGUUACACAGCUUCUUGCCAGCCCUGGGCAUGUAGUGGCCAUGGCGAAUGCGUGGAAACCAUCAAUAACUUUACCUGCAACUGUGAUCCUGGGUACUAUGGGCCCCAGUGCCAGUUUGUGGUUCAGUGUAAGCCUUUGGAGACCCCAGAGUUGGGUACCAUAACCUGUACUCAUCCUUUGGGAAACUUCAGCUUCAACUCUCAGUGUACCUUCAAUUGCUCUGAGGGAACAGACUUAAUUGGGAUUGAAGAAACCACUUGUGGUCCAUUUGGAAACUGGUCAUCUCUAGAACCAACUUGUCAAGUGACUAGGUGCGAACUGCUAACAGCACCGGACCUGGGAACAGUGCACUGUAGCUAUGACCUGGCAGACUUUAGCUUGACCUCCAUGUGUAUCUUCAGCUGCUCAGAGGGGACUGAGUUAAUCGGGGCAAACGAAACAACUUGUGGAUCAUCUGGAAUCUGGUCUAACCCUAGUCCAAUAUGCCAAAAACUGGACAGGAGUUUCACAAUGAUCAAGGAAGGCAAUUAUAACCCCCUCUUCAUCCCGGUUGCUGUCAUGGUUACUGCAUUCUCUGGAUUGGCAUUUAUCAUUUGGUUGGCAAGGCGAUUAAAAAAAGGUAUGUGA